CACAGGAGGAUCACACCAUCCCUCACCAUCAUCAGGAUGAAGCAUUAAAAUACAUCAAAGUUGAGAUUAAAGAGGAAGAAGAAGAGAGGUUGGUGAGUGGAGAUCAGGAGUCUAUGGAGGAGGGGGAGAUGGUUGUGAAAAUUAAAGAGGAGGAAUCUUCCCUACAUAUAGAUCUAAGAGGACACUAUAUACGGAACACCUCUGAGGAACAUCUCGUUGUAUCUCCAGAUUAUAAAGCAGAAGAUAAUAACAUUGUACAAUAUUCUCCAGGAGGAAAUCCCGUUACUCCAAAUAUAUAUCCCACACCUUCCCAAUUGGGGGGAUCAAUGGAUCCCUCUAAUCCUGAGGAAUCUUCUGACGGCGAGACUCGAAGAUCUCACAGCACAGAUACUUCAACAGACCCCUCUACUUCCAAUGAAUCUUUUUCAAGCCAAAAAAGCCUUCCCCCAGGGGAACGUUCAUUGUCAUGCUCAGUGUGCGGGAAAUCUUUUACAAAAAACUCAUUGCUUGUUAUACACGAGAGAAUUCACACGGGCGAGCGUCCCUAUUCAUGUUCAGAGUGCGGAAAAAGCUUCAUUAGAAAGGGACACCUUGUUUUGCACGAGAGAUAUCACACAGGCGAUCGUCGCUAUUCAUGUUCAGAUUGCGGGAAAUGUUUUGUCAUCAGAGGACACCUCGUUAAACACCAGAGAAUCCACACGGGUGAGCGUCCGUAUUCAUGUUCCGAGUGCGAGAAAUGUUUUGUUACGAAUGCGCAACUUGUGGCACACCGGAAGAUUCACACUGGUGAAUAUCCUUAUUCAUGUUCGGAGUGCGGGAAGCGUUUCAUUUACAAAGGAGACCUUCGUAAACAUCAGAGAAGUCACACGGGGGAACGUCCCUUUCCGUGUUCAGAGUGCGGGAAAUGUUUUGGUGAAAAAGGAGGCCUUCUCGUACAUCAGAAAACUCACACAGGCGAGCGUCCCUUUUCAUGUUCGGAGUGUGGGAAGUGUUUCAUUACCAAGGCAAACCUUGUUUCCCACCAGAGAACUCACACUGGCGAGCGUCCCUUUUCGUGUUCAGAGUGCGGGAAAUCUUUCAUUAGGCAAGGACACCUUGUAUCUCACCAAAAAAUUCAUACGGGCAAGUAUCCUUAUUCGUGUUUAGAGUGUGGGAAGUGUUUCAUUCAGAAAGGAGACCUUAGAAAACAUCAGAAAUUUCACACGGGCGAACGCCCCUUUCCAUGUUCAGAUUGCGGGAAAUGUUUUAUUCAGAAAGUAGAUCUUCAGAAACACCAGAAAAUCCACACAGGUGAGCGUCCCUAUGCGUGUUUAGAGUGUGGGAAAGGUUUCAUUACCAAAGAGAACCUGGUUUCACACCAGAGAACUCACACGGGUGAGCGCCCCUUUUCAUGUGCGGAGUGCGGGAAAUCUUUCAUUAGACAAGGCCACCUUGUUUCACACCAAAAAAUUCACAAGGGAGAGUAUCCUUAUUCAUGUUUGGAGUGCGGGAAACGUUUUAUUGAGAGAGGAGAUCUUCUAAAACAUCAGAGAAUUCACACAGGUGAACGGCCCUUUCAGUGUCCAGAGUGCGGGAAGUGUUUUAGUCAGAAAGGUGACCUUCGAAAACACCAGAGAAUUCACACGGGCGAGCGUCCUUAUUCUUGUUCAGAGUGCGGGAAAUGUUUCCUUAGGAAAGCACACCUUGUUACUCACCAAAAAAUUCACACCGGCGACCGUCCUUAUUCUAGUUCACAGUGAGGGAAAUGCUUCGCUGAGAAAAAAGUACAACUUUAUACACCAGAAAAGGCACACAGGUGAGUAUUUGGCUGCAGCAGUUUAUCUCAAGUUCGUAUAUCCAGAGGCGGCCGCUUAAGGCCUCGCACUCACAGGGGCCUCGCGGCCGCCUAAUUUGCCUGUGCUCGAUCACUAAUGCGGACUGACCAACUGGCUCCAGGGGCCAUCAGUAAAAGGCGCACCGGGCGGGGCCGCAAGUCCAUGUGGGCUCCUUCAGCCCGCGCUGCUCACCUGGCCUCUCCACGUCUGGCUGGCUCCCUAUUCGGGUCAGGAGUCGGGCCAGGUGGCAGAAACUAUUAUCCAGCUGCCCUAUGACUGUCUGUGAAGGGGAAGGAGGAGCUCCGGUGGAUGGAUCCCAUCUCAGCGCCUGCUGCAGCCUGGCCGACUGCCCAGAUAGGAAGUGAGUGCCCGGCCGUGCAGCCCUCCUGUGUGCCCGGAUAGGAGGAAUGGGGCCUCGUGUCUAAAUUUUGCCUAAGGCCUCACAAAGCCUAGAGGGGUAUAUUAUCCCGACAUGUUUCGCCUGGUAGCUUCAUCAGGGGAAAAUACAAAUCAUACAGGAAAUUCAUGCUUAUAUUAUCCCGACAUGUUUCGCCUGGUUAGAAAAAGGUCCUGGACUGCCGUACUCCUUAAAAUUAUGUCUUUAUUAUACAA